AUGCAAGGUGGAAGUGAUGCAUUCGUGAAAGAAGGGUUUAAUAGCUGGCAGAAGCCAGAGAGAUUGAUUACUCAUAUGGGUAAACCACCCAACAGUUGUCACAUUAUUGCUGCUCAGAAAUGUGAGGAUUUGAUGAAUCAACAUCAAUCUAUAGUACAUGAUCUGUUUAAGCUAGAUGAUAAGGUGAAAACUGAGUAUCGUGUUCGCUUAAAUGCUUCUAUGGAUGCUUUAAGAUUCUUGUUACGACAAGGAUUACCUUUUUGUGGUCAUGGUGAGAAAGAAGAUGAUGUGAACAAAGGAAAUUUCUUGCAGCUUUUAAAAUACACAGGAGAACAAAAUGAUGCUAUAAAAGAAGUACGACAAGCUAUUUUAGAAGAAAUUGGUCAUGGUGUGUUUGAUUUGCUGGUUGAUGAGUUUGAUGAUGUUUCUCAUAAAGAGAAGAUGGGUGUUGUUUUUCGGUUUGUUGAUAAAAGGGGAGCAAUCAAAGAACGGUUUAUUGGAGUUGUUCAUGUAAAAGAAACGUCUUCAUUAACUCUGAAGUCUGCUAUAGAUGAUUUGUUUGCUAGAUAUGGUAUGAGCAUUACAAAGGUACGAGGGCAAGGUUAUGAUGGAGCUAGUAAUAUGAGGGGUGAGUUUAAUGGGUUGAGAUCAUUGGUUUCUAAAGAAAGCAGUUCAGCAUAUUAUGUUCAUUGUUUCGCUCAUCAGCUUCAGCUAGUUGUGGUGGCUGUUGCAAAAAAACACUUUGACAUUGCUGAUUUUUUUGAUAUGAUUUCUACAUUGUUGAAUGUUGUUGGGGCUUCUUGUAAACGACAAGAUAUGUUUCGAGAAAUUCAACGUGAAGAAUUAGAAAAAGGAAUCAAGAGUGGUGAUGUUAAGACUGGGACAUGA